AUGGCUUUUCACACCCCCAUCUCCCUCCCGAAUGUUGCAAGCGUAACAUCCGAGUUGUGGCCAAGCGUGGCCAACGCAUUUACUGCGCCUUGGAAGACACUCACUAAACCACCCCGCGGACCUCCCUCUCCGGACUGCCAGGGAUCAUUGCGCGAGCUCCAUGGUGAAAAAGCGAAAGAUUUUCUUCCCUCAUUUCCAGAAUGUCUUGGACCAACACCCUUUGAAACAUUAAAGCUGGCCGCAGAGCAGAAAUUACUACGCCGACAGACUUCUAAAGCUACGUUACUAUCGCAGCUAUCCUCGAAUCGACUCUGGCCCAACCGGAAUUUUAGGUCUCCUAGCUCCCCUAGGCCCAAUUCUAUCCGUUCAUAUUCCACGUUCUCUGUAUUCUCCCUGAACCGCCCGACAAGGAUACCUAAGGUUCAAGGCCUCUCGCAGUUUCAGCAACAUCGAUUUCUAUUUGGUGGUCCUUCGCAGAGUACGUUACGUUAUAUCGAGCAAAAUGCAAACAAUAGCCCGUCGAGCGCAGCAUCGCAAAAUGCAUUUUACGCCGCUUUACUCCGUGCCAAAAUGCCAGCUAUCGUUAUUGAACGGUAUCAGAGCGGUGGAUUUGCCAGUAAUACGCAGUCAACGCAGUUGUAUAUGAAAGCUCUACAACAAGUUGGAUCGUCAGGAAUGGGCCAGACGCAAAAUCAAAUGAUGUCUCAUGAAAGUCUGAACCCUGAUCAAGUGCAAGCUGUCGGUCAAGCCGUUGCCGCACGGACCCACGGAGGCCAGAUUGGCAUGUCUACGAAACCAAAUAGCACGGGAGCAAAAGACGCGCCUAUCUACGUUGUCGUCGAGGAGUCGACCGGAAGUCAGGUUUUUAGGUGGAUUAGAUUCUUCCUGUAUUUUGGUUUCAUCUGCUACAUAUCUCUGGUCCUCGUCAGCUUUGUGGUCGAAACAACCGGCGUAUUGAAAAACGUUCGAGGUGCCCAGAAUAACGAAGCUCAGCCACAACAUCAGAAAGUUCGUUUUAGUGAUGUUCAUGGAUGUGACGAAGCUAAGGAUGAACUGCAAGAGCUUGUUGAGUUCUUGUCGAACCCGGAACGCUUCUCUUCUCUUGGUGGCAAGCUACCCAAAGGUGUCCUUCUCGUCGGCCCGCCUGGAACUGGUAAAACUCUACUUGCCCGCGCUGUUGCAGGGGAGGCGGGUGUUCCGUUUUUCUACAUGUCCGGAUCUGAAUUCGAUGAAAUAUACGUUGGUGUUGGUGCCAAACGAGUACGUGAGCUAUUUAAUCAAGCAAGGACCAAGGCCCCGGCAAUCAUUUUUAUCGACGAACUAGAUGCUAUUGGUGCCAAACGUAACGAGAGAGAUGCUGCCUAUGUCAAACAAACAUUGAAUCAACUUUUAACCGAGCUAGAUGGCUUUUCACAGAGCAGCGGUGUUAUAAUUCUUGCAGCUACUAAUUACCCCCAACUUCUGGACAAGGCACUGACGCGACCUGGUCGUUUCGAUCGUAAGGUUGUAGUGGGCCUUCCAGAUGUCAGAGGCCGCGUUGAUAUCUUGAAGCACCAUAUGAAGAACGUGCAAAUUAGCACUGAUGUUGAUGCUGCUGUUAUUGCCCGUGGCACCUCUGGAUUUUCCGGCGCUGAUUUAGAAAACCUUGUCAACCAGGCUGCUGUCCAUGCCAGCCGAUACAAAAAAGCCAAAGUUGGCCCGUUGGACUUUGACUGGGCAAAAGAUAAAAUCAUCAUGGGAGCUGAGACCCGUAGUAGGGUUCUAAGAGAUGAGGAGAAACUUUUGACUGCCUACCAUGAAGCCGGGCAUGCUCUAGUUGCCUACUUCUCUCCCGCAGCAAUGCCAUUGUACAAAAUCACUAUUGUGCCUCGUGGAAUGUCCCUGGGUGUUACCCAUUUCCUUCCGGAAAUGGAUAUCUACUCCAAAAAUUACACAGAGUACCUUGCCGAUAUUGAUGUGUCGAUGGGAGGGAAAGCAGCCGAAGAACUCAUUUAUGGACCUGAGAAAGUGACCAGCGGAAGUGCAGCAGACCUCCGCAGUGCAACCGAAACUGCAUUUUCAAUGGUCACGCAAAUGGGGUAUUCUAAGAAACUGGGAAACGUGGACCUUAGCUUCAACUACGACGCUUUGUCCUCGGAAACAAAGCAAGAAAUUGAAGCCGAAGUUCGUCGCAUCGUCGAUGAAGCUAGUAGUCGUGCCAAGAUUAUCCUCAAGGAACGUCGGGAAGAAUUGGAGCUUGUGACUAAGGCGCUGCUAGAAUAUGAAACGUUAACAAAGGAGGAGAUGGAAAAGAUCUUACGAGGCGAGAAGCUAGAGAAGCUCGAGGUGUCGCCCAAAGCACCCAUCAUCCUCCCGGACGCUUUACUUGGCCCAGGAUUGAACCCACCCACUGGGGAGAAGGCUGCCUCAGAGUAG